UACAAAGUCUGGUUCCACUUAACAACGAUUCUCUGUUCACAACACAUUGAAACCAGUGAAACUGUAAAGAUCAUUUUUCUCCUCAGUCAUCCAAUAGCAUCCAUUAGAUUUAUUUUUUUCUAUUCAGUUGCAUCAUUCAUUGUGUUGCCGAUAAAACUAUUAUUUAUUUAAAUGAAUAUUGUUUUGUUUUAUUGAAGUUAUUUAAAAACAAAAAUCAAAAUAGAUUUUAUAAAAAUAGAAACAAAUUUUAAUCAUGGAAAUACACAAGCUGUAUGUUAUUUCUAUUUUAUGUGGAAUUUUUUUUGUUGCUGUUAGUAAAGGAUUUCAAAUUCGUGAAAAAGGAACAUUUAUAGAGAGCGUUACUGAUUUUGAUGUUUUGAUAUUUACACAACACUGGCCACAAACAGUAUGUUACACAUGGAAAGAAAAAUCAUCAUCAAACACAUGUUUAUUACCAACAGAUGAAGAAUGGACAAUUCAUGGAGUAUGGCCAACUGAAUAUCACAAAAUUGGACCACAAUAUUGUAAUAAAUCAUUGCCAUUUGAUGCAAAAGCACUUGCAACAAUUGAAGAUACAUUAAAAAUAAAAUGGAUUGAUGUUGAAAAUGGUACAGCACAUUAUUCAUUUUGGAAACAUGAAUGGUUAAAACAUGGUACAUGUGCAGCAGUAUUACCAGAAUUAAAUACUGAAAUUAAAUAUUUUGAAAAAGGUCUUGAAUUAUUAGAUAAAUAUGACAUGAAAAAUAUACUUGGUCAAGUUAAUAUAUUACCUGGUAAUAGUUAUACAGUACAAGAAAUUUUAAAAGGUGUUGCUAAUGUAUUGGGUAAAAAUUGUCAAGUUGAAUGUGUUUCAAAUAAGAAAGAAAAACAAUCUUAUUUGUUUGAAAUUCGUAUUUGUUUUGAUAAAUCAUUGGAGUUAGUUGAUUGUGAUGGUAUAGCUGGUUUUCCAACAAAUUGUCCAUCAACAAGAAAAAUUAUUUAUCCAGGAGUUGUACCAAAUGACUUUUUUGUUAUUCAAAUAUAAUUUACACCGGAUUAAUUAAUUUCUAUAUAAAUAAUUCAAUUCAUUUGCCAAUAAAUUAUCUACCAAUUAUUAUUUUAAUGUUAUAAAAUUUUAUUUUGUGUAUUGAACAUUGUGCCAAUGACAAAAUAAUGCCAAUUGUAUUUUUUUAUAAUAAUAAAUGAUAAUUAAAUUGUUUUUUUAUUAAUGAAAAUUUGAUAUUUUUCUUAUUAAACCGUAAUUAAACUUAGAAAAAAAAAACAUUACUCACAAAUUACUAUUAUCACUGUUCAGUUUUUUUUUGUACAAUUACAACAGCUGCUGGAACUAAUCC